CAUAAUCAGCCUUGAUAAGAGCGUGUCAGGUUGACUGAAAUAGCUGUGAGACACCCUCCUGUGGAUCUAGCAUAAACAUCCUCGCGUAGAGCAGUCCUUGCCCUGCUCCUCUAGAAUCAACACUUACACAGUCGACAGGAACAGUGUUGCUUAUUAACAGGGAACAGGAACUUUGGUUGGGACGAUUCCUUCUUCAGGAUAGUAGCAAAGUCACUGAAGAAAGUCAGUAACAAGCGUUGAUCAAACAUACUGAUCAAUAUGGAAGGUCAGCGAACUCCCGAGAUUCUGGACUACCGGAAUGAAAAUGGUCAUGGAUGGUCCUUCUACAAAAAUGACGGCGUCCUCCGGACGAUUGCCACUACCCCUGAGGAUGACAUGGAAAUGAUCCGAAAAGUUCAGAAAUUUGAAUUUAGGGACGAUGACGUGGUGAUAGUGGCAUAUGCAAAAUGUGGUACUCACUGGUUGUGGGAAAUCGUCACUAUGCUCAGGGCAGGUCACUCUGAGUACAACAAAAAGACAAAGAGGGUCGCCAUGUUGGGGCCGGGGAAGAUAGAGGAGGUUGAUGAACUCCCAUCCCCGAGAGUUCUAAACUCACAUCUAAAUUUCCGUCAUCUGCCACAGAAGAUGGUGGAGAAAAGGAUAAAAACAAUUUUCAUCAUGCGAAAUCCCAAAGAUGUGAGCGUAUCUACUUAUUUCAUGCUCAACGGAGUAAAUAACAUCAAGUAUAGUUUUGAGGGGACGUGUUCAGAAUAUCUGGAUCUGUUCUUAGAAGGAAAAGCUUUUGGUGGAUCUUAUGCUGACUACGUGAAGGAUUGGCUGCAAGUGAAACAGGAUCACCCUGAUUUGCCAGUCUUGACAUUGUUUUAUGAAAACUUGAAAAAGGAUCCUGUCAAGAACAUCAAAACGGUUGCCGACUUCAUUGGAUUGUCUGUCAGUGAUGAACUGUGUGAGCAAAUAGCAGAAGCGUGCAGCUUUAAGAAGAUGAGAACGGCAGACGCAGAGCUGAAGGAGCAGGUAUUUAAUGUGUCCGACUUCUGGAAGAAAGGUCAACAAGUAGUCUAUAGGAAAGGUGAAAUUGGGGACUGGAAAAACUGGAUAACAGUCUCUGAAAACGAGAGAUUUGAUGAUGUCAUAGAGAGAGCCUUUGAAGGCACAGGAAUUGUUUUCAAGUAUGAUUAGACAACGGAAGUCACACCAUGCCAAAGCUUCCCUUGACCAAAACCGAUGUCGACCUGGCUGCUCUUUCGAGGGACGUGUGCGACAGGUUUCUGCUGUUCAGCGAGGUGAUGACGACAAGGAGCUCGUCUUCUCAACAGAUGAACACCGUUCAAUUCGUACAAGUGUUUCCAUGACUUUCAAACUUCACAAUAGUUAAUCAAAAUGAAGUAUCAUAAUUACACAUUCUUCUGUAUAAAUAUUUAAUGAACUGUUUCUUCUGUGUAAAUAAAAUAUAUUGAUAAUCUACUUAAUUAUUUCAGUAUCUAUGCUCUUUAAUGAAUACAAUAUAUGUUCUUUAACGAA